AUGCUGACUGAACUUUGCACGGUAUGGCUGUCACUGACCAUGUUGAAGAUCCUUACUAACAGUCGAAUCUGGAAUAUAAAAAGGUGCUCAACAUCUGUCGUUGACCCACAGAUACGAUAUCAUCGAUGACUUCUUCUACACCUCUCACUCUUCCCAUUUCGAACGAUACCCUAGAUGCCAUCAACAAACAGCUUGUUGAUAACACUCCAGAAGAGAUCCUGGAGUGGGCUGUAGAGCAUCUUCCGGGGCUGUACCAGACCACAGCCUUUGGGCUCACUGGGAUGGUCGCGAUAGACAUGCUGUCCAAGAUCACGAAGUCCCCACCGCCUCUGAUAUUUAUCGACACGCUGUAUCACUUUCCAGAAACAUACGGGCUCGUGGAAGAGGUAAAGAAGCGGUAUGGGGUCCCGGUGAAUGUUUACAAACCGGAGGGGUGCGAGACGGUACAGGACUUUGAAAAGAAGUAUGGUGAAAAGCUGUGGGAGCGAGAUGAGGAAACAUAUGAUUUUGCUGUCAAGGUCGAACCUGCGCGCCGUGCCUACGAGGAACUGGGCGUCAAGUCAGUUAUUACUGGCCGACGGGCUUCUCAAGGAGCUGAUCGUGCUGGGCUUAAGCCGCUUGAGGUAGACGAGACGGGGUUGGUGAAGCUGAACCCUCUUUUUGCGUGGCCGUUCGCUAUGGUGGAUUGGUACAUCACCGAUAACGAGGUUCCUCGAAAUAAGCUGCUUGAUCAGGGAUACCGAAGUGUUGGGGACUGGCACAGCACGGAGAAGGUCGCAGAAGGUCAAGACGAAAGGGCUGGAAGGUGGGCUGGGAAGGAAAAGACCGAGUGUGGGUUGCAUAAGGAUUAUUUCGCAAUGAAGGCGCAAGCUAAGCGUGCUGCAGAGUCCGAGGCUACCAAGACGGCGCCUUCCGUGGAAGUUGGCGCGUGAUACGUUGACUCGCGUUGAUUGUCGUCGUAUCUUUAUGAAUCUAGAAGCAAAUAUUUUCUGUAUGUACUACAAUAAAGGGUU